UUAGUCGGGAGGACGGCAGUUACAUGGGAGGCUAUUAGAUAACCUAUUUCCCUGUCCCUGGACUCACACAAACAGGGAAUUAACAAUGGGAGACACACAUGGAUAUUCUAGCGACCCAGCCCUGCAAGGUCUUGAAGGCAUGGCGUACAGGAAGGUGCGUGCGGCCCACAAAGGGUCUCUGGAGCGGGAGGAACUGCAGGCAUCCGCCCUGGACCUGGAGUGGGACAUGGAAAAGGAGCUACAGGACCCGGGACUAGGACUGGACCGCUUCCAGCUGGAGUGUGUGGAGCAUCGGACCGUGGGCAACUCCAACCGUGCUGAUCCAGACCCAGACCUGGAGCCCAUCCAGCCCUCUGUGUCCGUCUCUCCACACGGUAGGUUUGAGCGGCUGCAGGAGGACCCCAACUACAUCUCCCACUUCACCAGGGCUUCACCCAAGGGCCAGCGGAGAAGCAGCUGCAGCCUGGUCAAGUACCUGCUUGCAGGUGUAGGGCUCUUUAUCCUGGGGCUACUGAUAGGCCACUACGCCCACAUCAGGGACAAGCCCACCCCUGAACCCCCCACUGACACAGACCUCCUGGAGGAGCUGCUGAAGGACAUCACAGCGGAGAAGAUCCAGGCUCUGCACAGGCCUUUCAUUAGCAUAUCAGACGACAACGAGGAGGCCAGGGCUGAGCACCUGUACCAACAGUGGACAGACCUGGGUUUGACAGACGUCCAGCUGUCCAAUUACAGCGUCCUCCUCAGCCUGCCUGGCCCCUCCUCCAGCAGAAUUGUGGACCGGGCCAGCCACGAGUGUUUCCUGCCCAGCGGGGCUCAGUGUGACCCCAGGAACCACAACAACAACCCCACGGCAGACCAACACUUCUCCUACGCUGCCUACUCUGCCACGGGCAGUCUAGAGGCGGUAGUAGUGGAUGUGCAGUAUGGAGGUUUGGAGGACAUGAGAAGAGCCAGAACUACAAUGAAUGUCACCAACCAAAUUGCGCUAUUAAAACUUGGACAAGCGCCCUUACUUUACAAGAUUUCCUUCCUGGCAGAGAUGGGUUUUGGGGGUGUACUCCUCUACAUGGACCCCUGUGACAGCCCCAGUGACCAGAGUCUGUGGCACAAAGCCUUUGGGGUCACCUUGAACCCUGGGGGAGACCCCUCCACCCCUGGAUACCCCAGUAUUGUGGGGAGUUACAGGGAGGAGCGGCCCAACCUGACGUCUCUGCUGGUCCAGCCAAUCUCUGCCUCCCUAGCCAAAAGGCUGCUCAACAUCCAGUCUGUGGGACUGGGGAGUCCCUGUACCCCUCUGGCCAUGCCUGCUGCCUCAGAGAGGAGGAAGAUACAACUAACUAUUGGAACCCACUCAAUAUACAAGACAGUAAACAAUGUGUGUGGAUACUUGAGAGGAAAGACCAAUCCAGAUCGAUAUGUGCUGGUGGGCAGUCGCCAUGACAGCUGGCAUAAAGGGACAGCAGCUGAUUGGCGUGGAGGCUCUGCCAUGAUGACUCAGAUCAUCACCUCGGUGACCAAGCAGGCCCGGAGAGGCUGGGAACCCGACCGCACCACUGUCUUCUGCUCAUGGGGGGGAUCAGCGCUCGGCAACAUCGGCUCCUUUGAGUGGGGAGAGGAGAACCGGAUGGUGCUGCAGAGCAGGGCUGUAGCCUACGUCAGCCUCCACAGUCCUGUCAGGGGGACGGAGACCCUGCGCUCCACUGCCUCUCCCUCACUGCUCCAACUCACCUCAGACAUCCAGAAGAGGCAGCUGCUGAGCUGUAUUCGAGGUGGAAACUGCCCUGGACCAAAUGUCAGCUCCCUACAGAUCCCUGGGGACGUCAGCUUCUUUGCCAACCACCUCGCUGUCCCUACUAUGGAGUUUGCAUUUGAACAGACCAAAGCAGAAGAGAAAAGCAGUUUUCUCUCUGAAGCCCUGUUUUCUGCAGAGUCAACAGAGACCUUGGAUCCCCUCUUCAAAUUCCAUGAGACUAUCGCUAAGAUGACAGCAGAGGUCAUUCUUCGACUCGUCAAUGAUCCAGUACUUCCAUUCUAUCCUCUUGAUAUCGCCCUGGAUGUCCAGAAUAAACUCAAAGAUGAUCCCCUGAGGACCCCCAGACUGCUGGCAGCAGCUGCCUACCUCAGAGAGAGCUCAGCCUUCCUCCAGUCUGAGACCAUGCGUCCUGCCAAUGACCCCAAGGAGAGGGACCCCUCCCAUGUCCGCAUGCUGAACGACGUGCUCCGGGACCUGGAGAAGAGCUUCAUGGUCCCCCAGCCCCCUCCAGGUGUCUACAGGAACCUGUUGUACAGUCUGAAUGGGAAGUUCCCCCAGUUCUCCAUACUGAAGUACCCCCUGGAUCCACUAAAACACAACGCUGUAAACAAGUCUCUGUCACUGAUAAUAAACGCCAUCAAUUCAGCUGAAAAACUCAUUCGCUGUGGGCUUGACCUCUUUGAAAACAGUCCAGAUGACACAAAUUGACCCAACGAAACCAAUCAGCCAAGGUUAGAGGCACUGUAUGGCUGCACUGCCUAGACCAAUGGUAUCUGCAUACGUGCCUCAGAUACCUAAGUUCACUCUGCACAAUGAAGUGUGGCACUUUUUUUUUUUUUACAAAGAGAUCACACUAAAGCAAUAUGAAGAGACCGGGACACCUUCUCGAACUAUUCUUCUUGAGCGCCUAAUGUGUUCAGGUUUAUGAAACAUUCAAUAAYCAAUGUUGAUUUCUUCUAGAUCCUUCUGGCUGUCAAUGAAAGUGCUGGGCUAUCCAAGAUGUCCUAAUGCCUCAUUUAUACAUGUCUGUCUGGCUGUCUGGAACAACGCCAGACAGGCAGGCACGUAUAAACUGAGAACGUGAAGAAGCACUGGAACACAGGAGUGAGCUAAAUCUACAAGACAGAGCGAUUCACAACCACGCAGAGCUUGAUAGAUAAACAUGCAUUUUGAAGUGAGUAAUGCGUCACUGACUACAGCAUGUUUUACACGAGUGGAUAAACACUAUAAGGCCAGCUGGAUGUGUUUAUGCUCAUAUGCACUAUUGAACAAUCUCUGCCUUUGUCUAAACAUUCAAACAAAACAUACAGUAUGACACCAUUCCAUGCUCUUAGUUCUGCUGAAAGCACACCAACCCUCUGUUCUGCUCUCAUUGUACCUUGUGAUUUUCUACAGGCAAGGCAAAUGUGUAUCUAUGACAGAGCAGAGGAGAACAUGAUGUUUGGAUUAUAGUAAGUGUGUGAGAAAUUAGCUAUAUUUACAGAGGCAUGAUUGGUGAGGUAAACAGUGACAGCGGUGUGACAUGGCCUGUUUUGACAGUUGACAUGCUCAACCGCACUUCUUAUAAUAGUCAUACGCAUUACCGUCUUGACUGCAGACCCAAGCUGGCGUUAAGGAUGCUUAAAUUUGAUUUGAUUUGAAGUCCCUGAAAACUGCAUUUUGUAUGAUUAUAUUUUUCAGUGUCUCAUGCACUAUAUGAUUGAAUCCAAUAACCAGCACAGUAAAGUGUUCUCUACCAGAUGUGUGCUUUUAUUGGAUGUUUUUUUCUUCUACUUUGAUAUAUUGAAAAAUAAUAAUUCAUCUUUGAUAAUGUCUCGUACCCAAAGUGAAAUGUGAUAUCCGUAUUUUUCUAAUAACUCUGAAUUACUUGGAGUCCUCAAUGAUCAAUGUUAUUAAAAACAGGCAAGUCUCUGCAAUACUUUGAUAUAGAAGUAAUGGCAAUACCAAUGGACAAGAGUAGUGUGGUUGUCUACAAAACAAACCUCACUUUCUCUAUUUGUACAUACAGUAAGGAUGGACUGACGAUGACAUGUGUAGUAUUACAGUAGCUGUUAUUUGACUUAACUUAUUUGUUAUGCUUUGUUCAUGGUAGACUUCUUCAUGUGUUAUUUUUGCAUGAACGUUGACAUUCAUUGGGAUGAAUCUUGUCUUCGAGGCAGCGCUGAGCGAUUUCCACUACAAGCGCUCGAGGCAAAGUCAAGAUUGUCUAUAUUAUAUCGUACAAAUUAUUAGAUUUUUUUUUUAAAUCACUUUUUGGUCUUAAUUUAAGGGUUAGGCAUAAGGUUAGCAGUGUGGU